AAAUGGGCGUGGGCUGGGAGGACUUCGACCUAUUAGAAAAUCGACAUUUAAAUUUAGAUAUGAAUACAUAAAUAAUUCUAUUUGCAAACCCAAACACGCACAUCUAGCGUUUUUGCCGAUUGAUUCUCGAUAUAACGGGUCAAAGUCCCGAAAACAGCCGUCGGUGUAACCGAAAUUUCCAGAAACAAACCGAAUCCGCUUUGAAUCUGGAUAUGGAGGGACUUUAAUACCUUUAGCUUUAGCCGGUUAGCUCGGACUGCAUGUGUGUGUUUAUAUCAACAAUAACACACUCUCAGUCAUAAGGAAUAAGAAGAUUGUUGACAUGAUCGACGACUGAUGCUGUUGAAAGGGCGUGAAGAAGUGAAGAAGGAAGCUGCUGGAUCUUCAGGGAUGUAGUGUUUGUUUAGACAGGAACGCUCAGGCAACGUUGCACGACGGAAGGAGAGGCCGCCUCGCGUUCUGUUACCGGAGUUGGUGCAUAUCAGGCGUCCGCAAUGGAGAAGACAGAGAAGAGGCCUGGAUAUUUUGCCAGGCUGAAGAAAAAGCGGCAGUUGAAGCAGAGCCAAUCGGAGAAAGCGGAUGCUGAGCAGAACCAGUCGGAUUUGGAAUCCAAGACGCCAGUCAUCCGUGAGCCCGCUCCUAUUGGACAAUCUCAGGAAAGGAAUGCAGAAAGAGAGAGAAGCCAAACUGACGGAUCAGAUGACAACAGUAAAUCGUGCAUCCAGACCAAGAAAGAGAAAAGUAAACCUCCAGGAACAGUGGAGUUCACCGUUGGACCAAAGGACACUCUGAACAGCAUCGCUCUGAAGUUCAACAUCACCCCGAAUAAACUAGUGCAUCUGAACCGUCUGUACUCACACAGCGUCGUACCUGGACAGAAACUCUUCGUUCCUGACGUGGACCAAUCAGAGCGCAGCUCUCAGGUCAACGGCUCCUCUGAACAUCUCACAGCAUCAGAGAAGGAGCUGAAGGACGGCGAAUCGAGCAGCAGGUCCGGACGUCCCGUACGUAGAGAAACGUCGCCCCUGUCUGAAGACGAGAGCCCGGCCACCGUCAAAUUCAUCAAGAUGAGCUGCAAGUACUUCACUGACGGCAUGGGAGUUGUGGGAGGAGUGAUGAUUAUAACACCCAACAACAUCAUGUUUGACCCGCACAAAUCUGACCCGCUGGUGAUUGAGAACGGUUGUGAGGAGUACGGCCUCAUCUGCCCCAUGGAGGAGGUGCUGUCUGUGGCGCUGUAUGACGACGUGUCCCGUAUGAAGCUGAAGGACGCACUGCCAUCUGAUGAACCCCAGGAUCUCUGUCCUUUAUACAGGCCGGGUGAGUGGGAGGAGCUUCCCUCCGAACAAGAUCUGAACCCCUUUAGUCGUUACGAGGCUCUCGGCACGCCCAACCGGCCAAUCGUGUUAGACGAUAUCGAAACGGCCGUCUCUGAGAUAUCAGAGUGCCAGAUCGCUGACAAAUCGCCGUCGGAUGAAGGUUUCACCGAACUGGAGCUGCUACAGAGCGACUCUAACACCACCUGCUCCGGCCAGGAGGGGGCGUCACUGCUGGAGCAAAGAAAGACGCCCACCUGGACGCCAACAGACAAAUCCAUGAGGUCUUAUCGUGCUGAGGAAGACGAGGACGAAGGUCUUCCCAACCGUUCCACGGAUGAAAAUUCUGAGCUGCUACAGUCCCUUCCGGACAAGCUGGACGAGCCCACGGCACUGGUGCAUGAUGGGAAUGAAGCUGUCGUAGAAGUGGACGAGAUGACCAAAACAACGGGUGAAACGUUAGUAAAUGGAGUCUCGGCGAUCGAGGCGACCGCAAACGACCAAAAAGGGAAGGCGACCCUAGAGGACUCUGGGAAAUGUAGUUCGCCUGUACCAAAUGUUGAGGAUAAUAAGGGACCAAACUCAGAUGUAGAGCUUUCGGAAGCAGAGCUACGCAGACGGGCCAAUGAGGCUGAGAUGAAGUCAUGGCUGCUAAAAAGAAUGCAGAGACCAAUCGAAGACAUGCUGCUGUCCAACGAAGAAAAGAGCAAAGCUCCGCCCAUGUUCCUUUGCUUUAAGGUGGGGAAGCCAAUGAGGAAGUCCUUCGCCACUGGUAGGACGUCUAGCCCCGCCCACUCGUACGUCGGCAGAGGGCGGCAGCCGGAGUAUUGGUUUGCCGUGCCUCAAGAGAGAGUGGACCACCUGUAUUCGUUUUUCAUCCAAUGGUCUCCUGAUACUUAUGGGAAAGACGCUCAGGAGCAGGGCUUUGUGGUUGUGGAGAAAGACGAGCUUCCCAUGAUCGACAACUUCUUCAGUGACCCGGUUCCUCGCAGCUGGGAGAUCAUCACGAUUAAUGAGGCCAAGAGACGCCAGAGCUUCAGCUUCGAGGAUGAGGAACCUCUAGAUCUUCUUCCUGUGCUGAUGGACCCCAGUGCUCUUCUGGAGGAUACACACAUUGAGAAGUUGUCCACUCGUUUGCCGGCCCGUGUUCAGGGUUAUCCGUGGCGUCUGGUCUACAGUACAGUGGUACACGGAACCAGCCUGAAAACCCUGUACAGGAACCUGAUGGAGCUGGACUGCCCUGUGCUGAUGAUCAUCAAAGACAUGGACAACCAGAUUUUUGGAGCGUUUUCCACUCACCCUUUCCGACUGAGUGAGCACUAUUAUGGGACAGGAGAGACCUUCCUCUACAGCUUCUGCCCAGAGAUCAAGGUUUACCGCUGGACGGGUGAAAACUCAUACUUUGUGAAAGGAAACACGGAUUCCCUUCAGAUCGGUGGAGGAGGGGGUCAUCUGGGCCUGUGGCUGGACGCCGACCUGUACCACGGCACCACGUCCAAAUGCUCCACCUUCAACAACCUGCCACUGUCCUCCAAACAGGACUUUACCGUCCAAAACCUGGAGGUGUGGGCCUUCGAAUGAGCGCCCGCGCCGCACGCCUACAUCCACACGCUAACAUACCCACGCAAACACCGAGAGACACGCCACGCUCACGGCAUGAUGACAUACGAAGAAACGUUCGUUCUACUUGACGCUUUAUCCCGUACUGUACGAGGCUGUUCGUGAAUCCGGAUGACGUGGUUUUACUUGGUUUCUCCCGGUCUGAAGUUUAGAGCACGGAGACUGAAAUUCGCGGCAGCGAUGCCGCCCACAGCUAUCCCAGCAUGCAAUAUUCUCUCGAGAUGUUCUCCUGCUGAAAUAUAACCGAUAUAUAAACACAUAUACAUGUACGUGAACGGCGACGACUGUGUAUGAUACUCGGAAAGCGUUCAAAGGCGUAUUCGGUGGCCAAAUCUGUCGCUUUAAAACCAGUUGCUCAAAUGGUAUUUUUUGUUUACAUAGUGGCGAUUUGACGCGUUCAGUUGGUGUAUUUUCACAUUCGUUUGACGAGAGCGCAAGUAAAUGCCAAUAUGUUCGCAAAUUGGUUUUGUUGACCAAAGCAUUUUAUUUGCCUUGUUCUCCAAUGUUUUAUAUUUCAAAUUUUCUUUUUCUAUUUGAGUUGUUUUUUUUAUAUCGGACGUGACAUGUGAUCAUAUUCCUACGUGACGAUUGUUUUGGUGUUUUGUGAUAUUUUUGGGACCUUUUCUAGUUCAUUCGAAAGGGAAGCACUUGAAAUUAUGCCAGUAUUACUCGUGAACACUAUGGUAAUCGCACGCCUGAUUUCAUUAACCGAGUUCUAGCAAAUCAGGUUCACCACUGCGUUUGUGUAUGCAAUCACUGACGACAUCACUUCCUGUUUUGCGGUAGCACGACUAUGUGAAUCCAACUUUAGGAAAGCGUGAACGGAUGCAUGGUGCAAUGCUUGUUCCUGCCGUUGGAAGCUUGAUGGGUUGCACAGCUCUUUGGAAACAUCCUCUCAUUUCACUACUAAACGCCAUGUGUGGGCAUUAACUAACCCUGUCCAUUCCAAAACCGCAUUACAUGGUCCAUAGAGGGGAAAAAAAGUUUACAAGUGUUUCAACGUGUCUCUGAAUUCAAACACUGUCCAGUGUAUGGUAACCUGUGAAUGUCAUAUUUAUUGUGUAUUUCUGUGUUUUAAAGUGAACCAAAUAAAUGCAAUAAAUGAAGAGGUAAAUGACUA